GUCGUCAGCCUCGCGUUCUUUCCAGCGGAUCAAACGCGGGGAUUGAAGGAGGAGUCAGCUUCAAGACUCUUUCGACAAGAAAGGAAUGCUUGGAUAUAGGUCUACACAAGAAGGGUUGAGGGAGAAGGAAGACUUGUUAGGGUUUUUCCAGAUCUCUCUUCGCUUUCUUCGGUGUUUUUUUGAUCCGCAACUCUUUGUUACAGAUUGCGGUUUCUAAGAUGAAUUAUAUUCUCUGCUAUUGUCAGAUUCCUCUAUCCCUAGUCCCUAACUGUUGGUGCUGCAAUGUACAAGUUCUUCUUAGACUUCUUCCUAAAUAAUUUGCACCAGAGGGAUUUGAUCAUUAACAUUAAAUAAAGGACGAAUACUGGUUAAUCGUGAUGGAUUUGGGUUCUGUGUUCUUUAAAUUAGCUGAUAAAUUUGAUCCUUCUUUACCGAUGGUUUGUGGCUGGCUUGUCACUGGAUCCUUUGGGCUGCUAGCACUGAUAUAUGCCUUUCUCAGGCUGCAGAAAGAGGCAUCACUGAACUGGAUAAAAGCAGCUGCUCAGGAGAAGAAAAAAGUUUGGAAUAAGUUGAAAUGUCCUAAUUCUUAUCACACAUGGACUGAAGAUGAUUGCGGUAUAGGGAAACCUUCAGCAUGCUGUGUUUGUUUGUCAUCUUUGGUGUCACCUCAAGGUGGUGGACUGAAGACCUCAGGCAACGCUGAAGUCCAACGUUGCUCCAUAUGCGGUGUUGCAGCUCAUUUCCACUGUUCUCGGUUUGCGGUGGAGGAUUGCAAGUGUAUAGCACAAGCUGGCUCAUCCCAUUUGAUGCACCACUGGUCUGAAAGAUGGGUAGAUUUGGAUGAGAACUCUGAGACGUCUUCCUUUUGUUAUUAUUGUGAUGAAACAUGUGGUAUACCAUUUUUUGGUGCUUCUCCUACCCCUGUAUGGGGUUGCCUUUGGUGUCAAAUCCUCAUACAUGUUGAUUGCCAUGCUAAAUUUGUAAAAGAGACUGGUAAUAUUUGUGAUUUGGGUCCACUUAGACGGCUUGUGCUGUCUCCACUCUCAGUGAAAGAGGUGGAUGAUGGACGAACAAGCGGGGGAAUGCUAAAAGCUUUGAAGGAAGGGAUUAUUACAACAUCAGUUAGAGGUCCAAUAAGAAAGCAGCGUAAUCGUAUUAAGAAUGGGAACAACUACUCUUCUCUUUAUAAUGUUCCUUUUGGUAAGCUAAAGCAUUGUUCAAACAAUGGUAAAGCUAAUGAAUCUUUCCUUAGUUGGCUUUUUGGUGGGGUGUACUUUCAGGAAAAGAACAAUGAUUCUGCAAGUUUAAGAUACAGUUAUAAUAAAUCCAACCAAAAAACUGAAAGAAGAAAUUAUGAAGUGAUCAAUUUGCCACAGGAUUCAAGGCCACUUCUGGUAUUCAUUAAUGCGAGGAGUGGAGCUCAAUAUGGACAUUCUCUUCGAAGGAGACUGAACAUGCUGUUAAAUCCUGCUCAGAUUUUUGAACUAAGUUCCUCCCAAGGGCCUGAGGUUGGGCUGCAAAUGUUCCGUAAUGUGCAAUACUUCAAAAUUCUUGUUUGUGGAGGUGAUGGUACUGUUGCAUGGGUUCUUGAUUCCAUCCAAAAGGAGAAUUUUGUAUCUCCCCCACCAGUUGCCAUUCUUCCUCUUGGCACUGGAAAUGACUUGUCACGCGUUCUGCGAUGGGGAGGGGGUUUGUCAUCUGUUGAAGGGCAAGGUGGCCUCCGUCCUCAUCUGAAUGACAUUGACCACGCAGCAGUCACGAUGCUUGAUCGCUGGAGUGUUUCCAUCCAGGAGAAAAAUGCAGAUCCAGGUGAAAGCAAAAGACAUGUGAAGCAAAUGACAAACUAUUUAGGUAUUGGAUGCGAUGCAAAGGUUGCAUACAACUUUCAUACAACCCGGGAAGAAAGACCUGAUAUGUUCCAUAGCCAGUUUGUCAAUAAAUUGUGGUAUGCCAAAGAAGGAGCUAAGGAUAUUGUGGAUAGAACUUGCGCUGAUUUACCGUGGCAAGUGAGUUUAGAAGUUGAUGGAAACAUGGUUGAAAUUCCAGAGGAUGCUGAAGGUGUAAUCGUGCUCAACAUUGGCAGUUACAUGGGAGGCGUAGAUCUAUGGCAAAAUGACUAUGAUCAUGAUGACAACUUCAGUCCUCAAUCAAUGCAUGAUAAAAUGCUGGAAGUCGUUUGCAUAUCUGGAACGUGGCAUCUUGGAAAGCUUCAGGUAGGGCUUUCACAAGCCCAGAGAUUAGCCCAAGGAAAAGUCAUAAAAUUGCACAUUCACAGUCCAUUCCCAGUCCAGGUUGAUGGGGAGCCAUGGAUACAGCAACCUGGCUGCUUGGAAAUAACACACCAUGGGCAGGUGUUCAUGCUGAGGAAGGCAUCGGACGAGCCCACUGGACAUGCCGCUGCCAUCAUGACAGAAGUCUUAGUCAAUGCAGAGUGCAAUGGCGUCAUUAAUCCGGCUCAAAAGAAGCUCCUUCUCCAGCAGAUGGCAAUACGGCUCACUUGACGUUCUCGCAUCCUUAGAAAAAUUAUUCUGUGCGGAUACUUGACACAACAAAAGUCCGGAGCCCAAUGAAAAUGCGUCAUGUCACCUGGUAUCGAGCGAUACGAGCUGCGGUACUGAGCAGCACUGAGCCUUGGUCCUCGGUACCAAGUGACGUGACGCAUUUUUAUUGGACUCUGGACGGCGUUCGGCAUCCGCACAGAAUAAUUACUCCGCAUCCUUUCCCUCUUGGUUAGUUUCAAACUUAGACUUUUUCAAACUUAGACUUUUUUGUAUACACUUUCAUUAUAGGCUCCUUCAAUUAGUUCCCCUUUUGAGGGACAUAUCAGCUCAAUAAGAAUUAGAUAGGUUAGAGUCUGAAGAGGAAUUUUUGUUGUAAAGCUGAGGGAUUUAGUUACACUUACACAUAAAGCAAUUGUAAGAACGCGGAAGAUUUAAGAGGAGCUUUUGGAAUAGCGGGAAUAAAAUUUGCAAUUUGUAAGCAUAGAAA